GUGCCCAUCUCAGAGGGCACGAAGUUCCAAGUGGUCGAGAUUCAGCCGGGCGGCAGCCUGCGGUGGGCUGCCGAGGAGUCGAGGAUCCGCCUCUGCUCGGUUGCUCGGGGCAUCGUCCGGGUCAAGUUACCGGCAAAGGAGUUUCCCAUCGGCUCCAACGGCAUGUGGAAGGUGAAGCAGGGCGUGGCCUGCACCUUGGUCAACCCCUUCUACUCAGGGGCCGUUGUUCAUGUCACUGCUUUGGAGGAUACCAUGUGA